CUUUCACUUUCGUUUUUCCUCGCGGUUGACCGGAUCACUCCUGGACCGGCAGACUGACUGACUGACAGCAGGGGGACUGUGGGGCGAUUGGGCGAGCGAUGGCAGCUAAAACCAUGAAGAAGUCCAUCGCGGACGCGCUGGAGGAUCUGUCCGAACAGGAUUUCAAAAAGUUCUGCUCCGCGCUCCGGGACCGCAGGGAGGAGCCGCGGAUCCGACGGAACCGGCUGGAGGGAAAGGGCUUCUUGGAGGUCACGGACGUCCUGGUCACCACUUUCACCGAGCCCGAGGCUCUUCGUGUGGCCGUGGAGCUGCUGAGAGAGAUCGAUUGCAACGACGUGGCAAAGAGACUAGAUGAAGAAACAGCUGUGAGUGCCGCUGCAAGACCGUCAUCUGGAGCAACUGGUGCAGAGGCGGGUGGAUGCGCAGACAAGCACUUUGUGGACACACAUAAAGUUCAGCUGAUCAGCCGAGUGAGCAACAUUGCGCCGAUUCUGGACGAGCUCUUAGUCAAAGAGGUCAUCCAUGAGGAAAGUUAUGCUAAAAUCCGAGCUCUGGCUACGUCUCAGGAGAAGAUAAGGGAGCUCUACGCCACUUCCCUGAAAGGCGGUAAAACCUGCAAAGACCACUUCUACGAAAGCCUGAAGAAAAACGAGCCAUAUCUCGUCAAGGACCUGCAGGGAAAAUAGCAAAUGUUAUGGUGAAAUGUGGUUUAAGACCAAACAUACAUUGUCUACCUGAAGAAAAAAAUAUUUUUUAAAUACAUUAUCAACGGUGAACUAUUAAUGUUAAUGAAUUGUCUUUGUCGUUUUUUUUCUACUUUUUUAAUUUUAAAAUGAUUUUUUAAAAAUGUUUAUCAGAACUGGUGCUUAUUUUUUUUAACAGAUCAUAUAUCUUGAGAUGUCAGGUUUAAAAAAAACAAAAACAUGCGGAAAUUUUUAUCAGACAAUAAUGUAAGAAACGCAUUAAGAUCUCACCAUCGAACAAAGGAAGUGAAACGAGUCUUUAAGAGAAGUGUGUUUGCGUGUUCAUUGUGUUACAUGUUUACAUGCAAAGCAGGUUUCAAACUUCUGUUCAUCCCAAGUCUUUUUUAUUUAAUCACUUUCUUUAUCUCCAAAAAAUUAUUUGCUGUUGGGGCUUAAUUCAAAAUGUUUUCUAUUUUUUUUUAAUUUUAUAAUAAAAUGUUUGUUUUUUCAAUGUGCA